CGCGGAGCGCGGCAGCGAGCGGUAGCGGCCCGUCGCGGCGGCCCGGCAGCGACCGCGUCCGCACGGCCACCUGAGCACCCGCCGCGAGCUGCGUCCGGCCGGCCUCGCUAGCUCGCUCGCUCGCUCGCGGCCCGGGGCGGCGCGGCCAUGGGCGCCAAGCAGAGCGGCCCCGCCGCCAACGGCCGCACCCGCGCCUACUCGGGCUCGGACCUGCCCUCCGGCAGCGGCGGCGGGGCGGACGGCGCUCGGGCGGCCCGGUUCGUGGCCCCGGUGCCCGGCGCGCAGCAGCCCAGCGCCUCGGCCGGCGCGGCGGCGGCGACAGCGGCAGCCGCCUCGGCCCCGACAGCGCCCCGCAGCCGCUCGCUCGGAGGGGCGGUGGGCAGCGCUGUGGGCGGACGCGCGGCGCAGUCGGCCUUCAGCAUCCCUGGCGGCGGCAGUGGCAGCGGCCCGUACGGCUCUCAGGACUCGGUGCACAGCAGCCCGGAGGACGGCGGCGGCGCUAGGGAACGGGACCGGCCAGCGGGCGGGGGCCCUGGCGGGCCGCGCCUGGUGAUCGGCUCGCUCCCGGCCCACCUUUCUCCGCACUUGUUUGGAGGGUUUAAGUGCCCGGUAUGCUCAAAAUUUGUACCCUCAGAUGAAAUGGAUUUGCAUCUUGUGAUGUGUUUAACAAAGCCAAGAAUAACCUAUAAUGAGGAUGUGCUGAGUAAAGAUGCUGGGGAAUGUGCAAUAUGCCUUGAAGAAUUGCAGCAGGGAGAUACCAUAGCACGACUGCCUUGCCUGUGUAUAUAUCAUAAAGGCUGCAUAGAUGAAUGGUUUGAAGUAAAUAGAUCUUGUCCAGAGCACCCUUCAGAUUAAGCAUCUGAUUCCUGUGUCAUGGGUUUUCUUGUCUUUUCAAGAUGCUUGAGAAAUCUGGAAGAUUUGAAGAUCUGUCUCUGGAAAAAAAAAUGAAAACUGCAGGCUUACUCAGCCCAGGAUCUGAGUUCUGUGACACUCAGUGGUCCAGAGAUGGAUGGGAACCACAGAACUUGAGUGCACCAAACUUGCAUAUAAGGGACACACAGGGACUUUGAAAAUGCUGCACAUCCUGUACUAGUCACUGCGUAGAUGAUACUGAUAAACAUUUUGUAUUUGGACGCCAAAGUUAACUAAUUUCAAAGUUGAUUUACUUUUAUUAAGUUCUGUAGAGCUGCUGUUUUAUUGUAUUUGUUUUGUUCGUUUGUCUGUUUGUUUUUCGUUUGGGGACUUCUUAUUUUCCCCAGCAUAAUGUUUUUGCAUUCACCUAUUCUUAACUUGAAAACCGCCCAAUUUAGUUUUUACAAACUCUUCAAUGUGAAACCAAGAAAUGUAAUCAAAACAGUAUAAUAUUCUGUGAAUGGAGAGGAUAAUAUUAAGUUCUUCCUCCCCCCUUCCAUGUGUGAAAAAUAGACUUCUGGGUAGGAAAGCUAAAAUAUGCUAGUAGUUUGAAUUAAAGGUUUAGUAUUAAAAAAUGCCAUCCAAAGAGUAAAUCAAGUUACAUAAUUACAUUUUAGUUAAUUAAAUCUGCUGAAUUGCAGUUUCUGAAAUACAUUGUUUCUUUAGAAAUAAAACUGCGCAAUAGCUUGUUAGCAGUGA